GCCAUCAGCCAUCAUCUCCCAGCUGCCACCCCCUCUCGCUCGCUCGCUCUCUCUCUCUCUCUCUCUCUCUCUCUCCCCAAGAGUAUGUCUCCGAAAGGAGCCAUAGAGUCUCAAGAACUGACCUUUUCAAAUUCAUUUAUCAAUUUGACUUUCUUUUUUAAGCAUUCACAUUGACUUCUCUCUGCAUUUCUCGAGGAUUAUCCUUCUAAAGUUUUGAAGAUACCUCACUUCCAGAGCUGUGAAAUUUUGUAGAAUUUGCUAACUAUUCCAUUUCAAUCUGCCAUGGAAGAGGAGAAUGUUGUUCGGCUUCUACAGAGAUACCGACGGGACCGGCACAUACUUUUAGAUUUUCUACUUUCUGGUAGCUUAAUUAAGAAAGUUGUAAUGCCUCCUGGUGCUGUUACUUUGGAUGAUGUGGAUCUCGACCAAGUCAGUGUAGAUCAUGUUCUCAAUUGUGCUAAAAAAGGUGGAAUGCUUGAGCUCUCAGAGGCAAUUAGAGAUUACCAUGAUAGCAUGGACUUACCACAUAUGAAUCAUGGGGGUUCCACAGAUGAAUUUUUCUUAGUUACAAAUCCUGAAGCUUCAGGAUCACCUCCAAAAAGGGCACCACCACCACUACUGGUCUCAAUACCACCCCCUGUUAUUUCACAAGGCCCUGUUUUUGCACCGUCUCCUGUUGUGUCAUUGUCAAGUGUAGAGAAGUCGGAGUCCUUUAACUCGAAUGAUGUUCGAGAAUUGACUGUGGAUGAUAUUGAAGAUUUUGAGGAUGAUGAAGAUGAGGUUGAGGCAGUUGAUUUUGUUAGGAAGCCAAGACGGAAUACAAAUGAUGCUGCUGAUCUCAUGGCCAAAUUGCCUGCUCUUGCAACUGGUAUCACAGAUGAUGACCUUCGUGAAACUGCAUAUGAAGUCCUCUUAGCAUGUGCUGGGGCAUCAGGGGGCCUUAUAGUUCCUUCAAAGGAAAAAAAGAAAGACAAAAGGUCCAGGUUGAUGAGGAAGCUAGGACGUAGUAAAAGUGAGAAUGUUGUGCAGUCUGAACGUACUCCUGGAUUAAGUGGUUUGUUAGAGAUCUUGCGUGCUCAGAUGGAGAUAUCUGAGGCAAUGGACAUCAGAACAAGACAAGGGCUUCUCAAUGCUCUUGCUGGAAAAGUAGGAAAAAGAUUAGACACCCUACUGAUUCCCUUGGAGUUAUUAUGUUGUAUUUCAAGGACAGAAUUUGCUGACAAGAAAGCAUAUAUUCGGUGGCAAAAAAGGCAGUUAUUCAUGCUGGAGGAGGGGCUUAUCAAUCAUCCAGUUGUUGGAUUCGGUGAAUCUGGGCAUAAGGCAAAUGACUUGAGGAUUCUUUUGGCAAAAAUUGAGGAAUCUGAGUUUCGUCCUUCUUCUGCUGGGGAAGUCCAACGAACAGAAUGCUUGCGAUCUCUCAGAGAGAUUGCUGUUCCACUUGCUGAGAGGCCAGCUCGAGGCGACUUAACUGGUGAAGUAUGCCACUGGGCAGAUGGCUAUCACCUUAAUGUUAGAUUAUAUGAGAAACUCCUUCUCAGUGUCUUUGACAUUUUAGAUGAAGGAAAGCUGACAGAGGAAGUGGAAGAAAUACUUGAGCUAUUGAAGUCAACCUGGCGUGUUCUAGGAGUCACAGAGACUAUCCAUUACACAUGCUAUGCAUGGGUGUUAUUUCGUCAGUAUGUUAUCACACAAGACCAUGGACUUUUGCAACACAUCAUUGAACAGUUGAAAAAGAUACCAUUGAAGGAACAAAGGGGUCCACAGGAGAGGUUGCACCUGCAGAGCUUGCGUUCCAAAGUUGAAGGCGAAGAUUUAUCUUUCUUGCAGUCCUUUUUGUCACCAAUUCAGAAAUGGGCUGAUAAGCAGCUUGCAGACUACCAUAAGUACUUUGCUGAGGAGUGGGCGACUAUGGAGGAUGUGGUAUUAGUUGCAAUGAUUACUCGGCGGCUUCUUUUGGAAGAAUCUGAUCAGGUAAUACAAUCUUCAUCUACCGCAGAUAGGGAUCAGAUAGAAUCAUACAUAUCAACCUCCAUAAAGAAUGCAUUUACAAGGACUCUGCAGGCUGUUGAAAAAUCAGACACAAUGCAUGAGCAUUCUCUAGCACUGCUUGCAGAAGAGACCAAGAAGCUUUUGAAAAAAGAAUCUACCGUAUUCACUCCAAUUUUGUCUCAGAGACAUCCGCAAGCAAUUAUUAUGUCAGCAUCGCUUCUUCACAGGCUUUAUGGGAUCAAGUUGAAACCAUUUCUUGAUGGUGCUGAACAUCUGACUGAGGAUGUUGUAUCAGUGUUUCCUGCUGCUGAUGGUCUUGAGCAGUAUAUAAUGUCACUCAUUGCAUCUGCAUGUGGAGAGGGGAAUGUUGAAGUCAAUUUCAGGAAACUAACUCCAUACCAGGUUGAAUCCAUAUCUGGAACACUGGUGAUGCGAUGGGUUAAUUCACAACUUGGAAGAGUUUUAGGUUGGGUUGAACGUGCCAUUCAACAAGAGAGAUGGAACCCAAUAUCUCCUCAACAGCGGCAUGGGAGUUCGAUUGUUGAAGUAUAUAGGAUUGUGGAAGAGACAGUUGAUCAAUUUUUUGCUCUUAAAGUUCCAAUGAGGCCUUCAGAAUUGAAUGGCCUGUUUCGGGGCAUUGACAAUGCAUUUCAAGUAUUUUCAAAUCAUGUUGUUGAAAAGUUGGCGUCCAAAGAAGAUUUAAUUCCACCUGUUCCUGUUCUCACACGAUACAGGAGGGAAGCUGGAAUAAAGGCUUUUGUGAAGAAGGAAUUAUUCGAUUCUAGGCUGCCUGAUGAGACAAAAUCAAGUGAAAUCAAUGUCCAGAGUACUUCUACUCUUUGUGUUCAGUUGAAUACACUCUAUUAUGCAAUUAGUCAACUGAAUAAAUUGGAAGAUAGUAUUUGGGAGCGAUGGACAAGGAAAAAGCCUCGUGAACAAAUUACCAGAAAAUCCAUAGAUGAGAAGUCCACAAGUUUCAAGCAGAAGGGUACAUUUGAUGGGAGUAGAAAAGACAUAAAUGCUGCUAUUGACCGCAUUUGCGAAUUCACUGGAACUAAAAUCAUUUUCUGGGACUUGAGGGAGCCUUUCAUUGAAAAUCUAUAUAGACCCAGCGUCUCCCAGUCUAGGCUGGAAUCACUGAUUGAACCAAUUGAUAUGGAACUAAAUCAACUAUGUGAUAUUAUUGUGGAACCCCUCAGGGAUCGCAUUGUGACAAGUCUUCUUCAAGCUUCACUGGAUGGCUUACUCCGAGUAAUACUAGAUGGAGGACCAUCACGAAUUUUCUUCCCAACUGAUGCAAAAUUACUUGAAGAAGAUUUGGAAGUUUUGAAGGAAUUUUUUAUAUCUGGAGGAGAUGGGCUUCCUAGAGGAGUAGUUGAGAAUCACAUAGCACGAGUUCGUCAUGUAAUUAAGUUGCAUGCCUAUGAGACUCGAGAAUUGAUAGAUGACCUGAAAUCUGCAAGUGGGGUGGAAAGGCAGAGUGGUGGAGGCAAAAUAGGUGGUGAUACCCAAACUUUGUUGAGAAUAUUAUGUCAUAGGAGUGACUCAGAGGCAUCUCAGUUCCUGAAGAAACAGUUCAAAAUACCCAAGUCUUCAGUAUAGUGGAGAGUGCCUGUGCUAUGUUUACUUGGAGAAGAACAGGCAACUGUGUAUGAGUGUAUCAUCUUCAUCUGUAGUAAUUCUGUUGAAUCGCAUCAUUUCAAUUCUAUUCUUUACCAUUUCCCUUUCAACAAAGAAAAAUUCCUUGUCUUGAAAUACUUGUCAUUUUUCUCUAUGUUGAUAAAGGUUUUGUAAUUCCAUAUAUUUUACUUCAGACUCUA